ACUAAGCAAAUAUUACCAAUUAAUGUUUUAACUAUAAUGUAUACAAGAAAAACCAAGAAGAAAAGAAGAAAAGUGACUGUGAUUUAGUGAGAAACACAUUAUAAUGAAAGUGAUUAAACAGUCAAUAGUUAUAAUAUUAUCCAUAGUUUUAAGUGUGAAUCCUAUAAAAUUUUAUAAAACAGAACGCCCACUUCCCGUUUAUCGAGCCUUGCCAUGUGGGGAGAACGAGAAGAUUGUGUCAGUCUUCCAAAAAGGAUUAGCAUCAGGUUAUAACCUUACUAUAAAUAAAGAUUUGGAGGCUGCGACUGGUAUCAGUUUGAAGUUUGAUUCACAAGCGGCAGUAAUUCUUGGAGAAUCUGCAAGGUUUUCAGAUGAUCAAGAUGACAUACAGAAUAUUUUUCGUAUAUUAUUAGUUAAAAGCAGCGAAUUCUUCACAUUUAAUGUUAGAGGCCAGGUAGCGCCCUUCGCCCCGCCAUAUUUGACAAGCCUCAAAAUCAAUGGCGAAGAAUUCUGUAGUCGCCCUAAUUUGACGUACUUCAAAGACUUUCCAGUCGGCGUUCUUAGUAAUCCAGAUAGGCAUUGCGGUAGGCGCAAAAUUCUACACACCGAGCUAAUAGUAAAUGGUGUUAACACCAAACCUGGUGAUUGGCCAUGGCAUGCUGCAAUACACAGACGUAAUAAAUCCACUUUUAAAUACAUAUGCGGAGGAUCUUUAGUAUCCAAACGCUUUGUUUUGACAGCUGCUCACUGCACUUCAAUUCAAGGCACUCCUGUAUUACCUGAUAGCCUUGGAGUUGUAUUAGGAAAAUAUCACCUCUUUCGAAGCGACAUAGCUAUUCAAGAAAAAGAAGUCCUUGAUGUAUACGUUCACAAUGAGUUUCGAACCUCAUCACUUAGUAAUGAUAUUGCUCUGCUGAAAUUAAAAACUGAAGCAGUAUUCAACAACUAUGUCCAGCCAGCUUGUCUAUGGAAUGACAGUGUUUACGAUAGACUUAAAUUUAAUACAUAUGGAACGGUUGUUGGAUGGGGAUUUGAUCAGACUGACUCUCUAACAUCGACGCUACAUGCAGUGAACAUGCCACAAAUAUCAGAAUUAGACUGUAUUUACAGCAAACCUGAAUUUUACGGAAAUUUAUUGAAGGACAAGAAACGAUUCUGUGCUGGAUAUACUAACGGAACAACAGCUUGUAAUGGCGACAGUGGUGGUGCUUUUGUAUACUUUGUUCCUGAUAUAGCAGACUAUAAAGGCUCUUUAGUCCCUGGAGCUUGGUAUAUUAAAGGAAUUGUAUCAACCACGUUAUCCAGACAAGAUGUUUCAAUUUGCGAUCCCAACGCAUAUGCCAUUUUUAUUGAUGUUGCCAAAUAUUUGCAAUGGAUAAAAACUAUCAUGGAUUCCUAAAACAUAAAGUCUUACAUGCAUUAA